UUCCAGGUCGCCCAAGGUCAGCCCCGCCCCUCCCCGCCGCCUCCACACGGCUGCAGAUGGGAGGAUGACGUAGGCAUUGGGGCGGCUAGCUGGAGGGGUCACACAGUCGGUCGCCAGCCUCGUCGGUUGUAGGUAGGCUACUCACCGGUCGUGCUAGCAGACGAAGCUAUGAACAGAGGCGGCGGAUUGGGCUUUCUGCUCGUUGCAGUGGUGGUUGCAGCUGUGGUUCAAAUUGGAACAGGCUCUGUUGUGGAGGACCAGUUCUCUCGUCUCCUGGGAGGCAGAUGUGUACCGUCUGAUAUCGUCUCUCUCACCAGCAUCGACUGUAACGAUCAUAAUGAUCACACCAUGGAACUUCUCUGUAUCGCCUCAAUUUACGAAAUCUCCAGUGAUCAAGGCUACGACCAAGCUGCUGGCGAGACCUACGUUGACAAGCUGAGCAAGGAUAAAGAAUGGACGACGAGACAGAAGGGCAGCCUGACCAGGUGUUACUCGAUGGUUCUGGACCAGGUGCCCGCGGACAAGGAAGGGGCCUUCGUGCUGGCCUGCUGGCACCAACUGCUUCUUUCUGAAUGUAACCGGAAGAACAUGACGACCUAUGUGGAGGUCGUUGACCCAGAGAACGCCAAGGAACUUGUGGAAGCCGUCGCCGAUUUGGCUGAAGGGCCCUGCUUUGACGUUGGUCUCAAGUAUGCCGACGAAUUGGGGAUGAAAUGGGAAGCAUGUGCGAGAAACAAGAAACUGGACAUGUCUUUCCUACAGGGCGCAGCGCACUAUUACAUCCUCUUCAGUCAAGGCCAGGAGAUCCCCGAUGUCACCCUGGAGAACAACAGGAAGACCAUGGAGCAGCUGGAUAGGCUGAACGAAACGUCCCUCUGCUACGCCGAAGCUACAGGAGAGGUCCAACCCAACGGAGAGAUCAACUAUGAUCUGAUCAACGAGGCAACCCGAAACGCCAUCGGUCCGGAACAGUUCAAAGUCGUCGACAGGGCCUUUGUCGACUUCUGCCGGGGAGGAAAUCCUGGCAGCAUUGCCGAGUACUACGCCUGUUUCAACAGGGAGAAGCCUUUCGCCUGCGCUGUUCUCAAGUCGUAUGAUAUCGCUCUUGGUCGUCAGACGCCGAACGGAGCCUCAAUCAUCACGACGACGGUCGCCCCAGCCACUGCAGGCUUCAUCGCCAGUCUGAUCGGCAGUAUUUUCUGAUUGGCGGUGUCAUCUUUGGCCAGUAUUUGUGAACGACGUGAUGAGAAAGUUUGCUGAGAUGUCUAAUGGCAUUUCGGAAUGAUCAUAACCAGGCGAAGUAACUUGUCAGUGGUUCGGUUUUCUGGACAACAUUUUCUGCUUAUCAGUAUUUGAAAGUAUUAUUACCCCUUUUGGGUUCAAUACCGUGAAGGCCGAGUGAACGAUAAGAUCUUUUGAUGUUGAUCUUCAUCGUUACAUCCUGGUAUCAUUGGACGCGUUCUUGUUACUCCCGAUACAGCCUACACUGGUUGGAAGUUUUCUGAUAGUAUUAUUUUUGGGUGCUGUGAUAUUGUGAAAAGCUUCUAACAGGUGUUUCGUGGUGUUUCUAUUGACUGUAGUGUACGGAAAUAAAAGGCCUCUUUA